AUGGUAGUGGUGUCUCAGCCAGUUGAUGAAAAUUUUGCGCACAUAAGAACAUGUAAGCCCACUUCUAACAUUUUCACUGAGAUUCCAGUAGUAGAUCUCUUAGACCCUGAUGCUAAAACCAUCAUAGUUGAGGCCUGCAAAGAAUUCGGAUUCUUCAAAGUGAUCAACCAUGGAGUUCCAUUGGAGUUCAUAGCCCGAUUAGAAGAUGAAGCUAUAAAGUUUUUCAAUUCACCACAGCCCGAAAAAGAAAAGUCUGGCCCUCCAAACCCUUUUGGCUAUGGUGACAAGAAAAUUGGCCCGAAUGGUGAUGUGGGUUGGGUUGAGUAUCUUCUGUUCAGCACCAACUCUCGAAAAUUAAUUCUCCCUGGAGUUUCAGAAUCUUUCUGGUCUUUUGUGAAUGAAUACGUGUCAGCAAUGAGAAAUUUGGCAUGUGAGGUACUGGAAAAAACAGCAGAAGAAUUGCAAAUCGGGCCAAGAGACAUUUUGAGCAAGCUUUUAAGGGAUGAGAAAAGUGAUUCUUAUUUUAGGAUAAACCAUUAUCCUCCGUGCCCAGAGCUUCAAGCAUGGAGUGGUUUUGGAGAUCAUACAGACCCACAAAUAAUAUCUAUUGUAAGAUCUAACAACACAUCUGGCCUGCAAAUCUCUCUGAAAGAUGGUACAUGGGUCUCAGUCCCACCUGAUCACUCCUCCUUCUUCAUCAAUGUUGGUGAUUCAUUACAGGUACUUACCAACGGGAGAUUUAGGAGUGUUAGGCACAGAGUUCUGGCAGGCAGUUUAAAUUCUCGAAUUUCGAUGAUUUUCUUCGGAGGACCACCGUUGACUGAAAAGAUUACACCUUUAUCCUCAAUAAUGGAACAAGGAGAAGAAAGUUUGUACAAUGAGUUCACAUGGUACGACUACAAGAAAUCAGCCUACAAAACCAGAUUAAGUGAUAACAGGCUAGGGCUUUUCGAGAAAUCUUUUACCCAUAAUUAA